AUGUUAUUUGAAGGUCCACUUAGUAAGUGGACAAAUGUUAUUCAUGGUUGGCAAUAUCGAUUUUUUGUUCUUGAUCCUACACAAGGAAUGCUUAUUUAUUAUACAUCCAAAGAAAAUAUGGUCAAAGGUGAACAACGUGGUGUGGUUUUAUUAAAGGAUGCACAUUUAGGUAUUGAUUCAGAAGAUGAUAGUACAUUUACAAUACGAUCAAAUGGUAAAACAUUCCAUUUUCAAGCUCGUGAUGCUGAAGAAAGACAAAAAUGGAUAUCAAAUCUUGAAGACGCUAUUUCUCUUAAUACAUUUAAUACAGAUAAUUUAACACGUUCAAAUAAAACAAUAUUUCAACGUAAAAUUACAGAAGCAGACGCUUAUUUACAAAUAUUAAUUGAUCAAGUUAAUGAAUUAGAACAACUUAGUAAUCAAGUACAAGAUAGUAAAGAACGAGAAUGUUAUAAUCGUGUUGUUUUAUCUGCUAAAAGAUUAAUCGAAGCUGUUAAAUAUUCUAUUUUAUCACUUCAAUUAGCAAAAGUACAUAUGGAUUCACCUAAUGAUACAAAAACUGAUGUUGAUUAUCGAACUUUAUUAUCAGAUAUGAAUAUUAAUAAAGGUGAUGAAAUUCCUAAUAAUGAAAUAUCGUUAAAUAUUGCUCAAACAAUAUUACCAAAUGAAAAAAUUAUCGAAGAUAAUAAUUUAAUUGAAUCUUUAGAUUUUCAUACAGCUGUAAAAACUGUUCGAAAAAAAUUUCCUAUAUCAUCAUAUUCAAGUAGUGAUGAUGAUAAUGAUUUUUAUGAUGCUGAUGAAUCAAUUGAUGCAUCAGUUUUUGCAACAUCUUCAAAUCAACAAAUAGAUGAAAAAAUAACAAUAAAUGAAACAUCUCUUACAAAUGAAUCACAAAUACCAUUUGAAAUUUAUGAAGCUGCUUAUGAAGAAGGACUAGAAGAAGAUCUUGCACCUAUUGAUGGAACUAUUAUUUCACAUUUAAUCUCUCAAGCUCGUAUAUCAAUGGAUUUAACAAAAAUAACAUUACCAACAUUUAUUCUUGAACGACGUUCUUUUCUUGAAAUGCUUGCUGAUUUUCUUGCUCAUCCUGAUGAAUUUGUUAAUAUAACUGAUUAUCAAACAUCACGUGAACGUUUUAUUCAAGUUGUUAAAUGGUAUUUAUCAGCAUUUCAUGCUGGACGAAAAAGUUCUGUAGCUAAAAAACCAUAUAAUCCAAUACUUGGUGAAACAUUUCAAUGUUUAUAUGAUAUUGGUUCAUCAUCUUCAAAUACAACAUUAGCAAAAGAUGGUCCUGUUUCAUGGGCAUUAGAUAAUAAUGUUACUUUUAUUGCUGAACAAACAUCUCAUCAUCCUCCAAUUGCUUCUUUUUAUGCUGAAUGUCCGGCAAAACAUAUUCAAAUAGAUGGAUGUCUAUGGACAAAAUCAAAAUUUCUUGGUCUAUCUGUUGCUGUGCAUAUGAUUGGUGAUGCAACAUUAACAUUACUUGAUCAUGAUGAACGUUAUGUUAUAACAUUUCCAAGUGCUUAUGGACGAUCGAUUCUUGGUGUACCUUGGUUUGAAAUGGGUGGUAAAAUAAGCAUUGAUUGUGAAAAAACAGGAUAUUCAGCAAAUAUUGAAUUUUUAACAAAACCAUUUUAUAAUGGAAAGAAACAUCAAAUACUUGGUACUUUAUAUGGUCCAGAUAAGAAAGAAUUUUGUAAAAUAGAUGGUGAAUGGAAUGGUGUAAUGAAUGCUAAAUAUAGUGAUAGUAAAAUAUCGGAAGUUUUUUUUGAUACAAAAAAAACCGCAGUUAUUAAAAAAAUUGUUCGGCCAAUUGCUGAACAAGGUGAAUAUGAAAGUCGUCGUCUAUGGAAAGAUGUAACUUAUUAUCUUAAAUCUAAACAACUUAAUAAAGCAACUGCAGCAAAAACAUUUCUUGAACAACGACAACGUGAAGAAGCAAAAGAACGUAAUGAAAAAUCAAUUAAAUGGCAAACAAAAUAUUUUACUGAAUCGGGUGAAUUAAAAUGGACAUAUGAAAAUAAAUUAAUUAAACGUUUAAAACAAUAA